GGGAACAUGUUUAGUGUUAUCAUAUAUUAUUUAGUGUUGAUCUGACACAUUGAAAUGUGGUACACAUAUGUGAUUCUUGCUCCUUAAAUUCUGAACGUCACAAUAUGCUCACUGUAUAAUUAAGGGCAAGCAAAGAGAAACCAAUCUCAGGUGUGAUGCGGUGCAUCAAACGUGAAUUUCUAGAGUAAAAACUCCCAGCAGUCUGUUAUAGCGACUUUGACAGUCUGAUAGCGAGUAAGAGGGCCCGUCCCUCCCCAGAUGAGAGGUGUUUCAUAUUACCCAUGCUUCAGGGGAAAGUACACUUUAGCACUCCACUUGGACAUCUGCUGUGAAACCCUGAACAGGAGCACAACCACACACUCACACUCAGACGCAACCCAGCAGACAGGAAGCUUAACACACUCUGAGGUUUCUCUACGGGCCAACCAGAAGUCGAGGGGAGGGAGCUGCUCUUCACUUCUGAACUCGCCAGUGUUUUCGACUCAGUUAGCUCACUCCUCUCUCGUGGCUGUUGGACAUGAUGUCACUCUCUGCUGAGUAUUGCAAUGAAAAAACAGGAGGCAGGGAUGGUGAUGCCUUGGCUCAGCAGAGGAGGCUGAUCUGGGGCUUGCUCGUAUGGUCCACCCUGCUUACUCUUGGUGUGGCCGCGUCAAUAACUGUCCAGAUGAUCCAUGGAGCAUCAGCGCAGGUACAGUCACAGGAGCCCAGAACCUUCAGCAACCCCCAAAAUAUCACAAUGGCCAUGAGCAUCAAAGCUCCUCCAAACAGUUUAGUGACAUUUGAACCAGAUUGUGAGCACACAAAAAAGAUGAAGCAACUCAGAUGGGAAACAAAUUUACCGGGUUUCAUCGAGGGCACGGAUCUGUUGAGGAUUAAAGAGGAUGGCCUAUAUUUCAUAUACCUGCAGGUUACACUCGACUCUUGGGAGCCGGAACACAACUAUAUAGUGACAGUAAAAUUGGAUGGCUCAGAUUCAUUUAUUUUAAAAGGUCAUAUCAAUGGAUUAACUCUCUCAACAGGUCUUAUGGGUAAAGGGACAUCUCUGAAUAAAGGAAGCACUUUAAGUGUACACUGCACUCCUGAGGCCAAAAUCAAAAACUCUGCCUCUGAAACAUACCUGGGUGUGAUUAAACUAUGAUCGGCAUGAAUUGAAGCCCUUCCAGAUAUAAGACUAUAACAAAUUAAAUGGACAGAUGACAGUAUGAAUGUGGACUCCCUUUCCAAUAUGCAAAGAAGCACAGGCCUGCUGGGUCUGAAGUACACUGGAGGGAGUAUAUGACGUAUCUUUUUAAUGAAAAGGCAUAUUUUUUAUUUAUUUCUUAAAGAGACAUUUACAAAGCUGUAUGCCUUUAUAGCACUGUAUUUAAGCUUUUCCCUACUCUGUGGACACAGUGUCCUGUGUCACUUUAUGUGCAUCCCGAAAGCUAAGGCAGCUGCCUCGCUGCCCAGUCAGUCAAUGAUUUUGUGUAUGAAGGUUCCUCGUGAAGACACUGGUUUCUGACAGCCUUCUAAGGCACCAUAAUGACAUGUCUAAUGAUCUACAUCAAAUUCAAGGGAGCUUUAGAUAUAACUAAAGAAAUAUCUAGUAACCACAACGAGACGAAGUUGAAAAAAAUAAAAGCUAGACAACUAGGCAUUUAUAAACUAAUGUACUGCUUUCAAUCACUCCUUUAGACACCAUUUGUAUUAUUUCAACCAACCACAAUAACGCAAGCUCAAGAUUGUGGGAUAUCAUAUAGGCAGCGAAAGAUACAUCUAUGCUGCCUUCAAAAACUGACCAGAUGCAGGCAUCUCAGUAAACAGGAUGUGAUGUAAAUAUUGGAUUCAGACAUUCUUUGAUACCUUACUACCUCCAUAUACUGCUUGCAAAGGCAGCAUUUUCCAGCUUUUGAUUGCCGCCCACAUGUGGAGCACGUUUGUUAGGUUAUAUAAAAAAAAAAAAAAUUUAGAUAUACUGCCAUAAAGGCAAAAAAAAAAAAAAAAAAAAAACUUGGAUACCUGUUGACUUGAGGGGAACUGACAUCAUACAUCCACUAAAAAUCACCCUGACACCAGCUGGUUAAAAAUAAUUUCCAGAAGGUCGAACAUAAUUUGUUUGUACUGUAGACGCCACUUGGUUUGUUAUUUUAUUAUCUAAUGCAAUGAAAUGCACACAUUGUUAAGUGUGGCUUAAGUGUUCACUGUAAAGAAAUGUUAGUCAUUUUAACAGAAAAGAAAUGCUGGAAGUAUUUAAUCUUUAAUUGGUUAACUGUGUUACCUUACUAUGUACAAUGAAAAAAUAUAUUUAUCAAGAUAAAAAAAAAAAAAAGCUUUUGGAAGUAAAAAGGAUCAAUCAUCUCAGCAUUUAUGACAAUAUGUGCUUUUAUUGUAAAAUAUUUUUUAGAAUUACAUACUUUUGUAAGUAAAAAUAUGAGUAACUUUAUCAUUUUUGGUGAAAAACAGUCAAAGGAUAUUCCCAGAAAUGUUUUUUUAUGAUUUAUGUUGUUUAAUGAGUAUGUACAUGGGAUUCAGUGUUCAGAUUUGAUUUUGUUUAUUAAUGUUUAUUGCAUUAUAUUGUGUCUUGUGUGUUUCUCUGAUGGUGUUUUGUCUUUGUGUGGGUAACACUGUCUAUACAUGUUUAUUAGCCGUGAUUAAUGGAUAGAACACAUUUUAGAAAGUCCUCAUGGGGCCUUUGGUUUUAUCACUUGUAAUAUUAAGGUUGUUAUCAGUACAUUUUAAAAUACAGAUCGAGAAGUUGUUGAAAUAAGUAGGUCUGUUUUAACUUUAUAUCAGUUAAUAAUAUUGUGGACAAAUAAGGUUGUCAAAAAUGAUAAAAAUGAGAAAUCUAGUUUAAAACUCAUGUAAGCAUUGUUAUAUUUGUGUCCAUGUUGGUUUCAUAUAUUUACAAAAAAUAAAAAAUAAAAAAAAUAAAAAUAAAUUAUAACAUUCUCUUCAAAAAAUAUUAAUUUAAUAAUUUAAAAAAUGUCAAGUGGUGUAACCAGCUAGUAAAAGGUAUUAAAAUACUUUCCUUGUCACUUGAAUGCAUAUAAAAUGAUUAAUGUACGCGCAUGUACACCUGAUUUAUUAAUAAUUUUAAAAAAUCAAACAUUUUUCAAGGGAAAAAAUAUCAAUACGUUUUCUUAAUGGUUUCUUGCAAUAAACUGCCUGCAUAUUGUACUACUUAUGCCAACAUUAAUUUUUCAACCAUUUAAUUUAUAUAUAUAUAUAUAUAUAUAUAUAUAUAUAUAUUCUUUCUGAUGGUUACACCACUUAGAUGUUUUUUAUUAAGUCCCAUCAAAAAAUAUUACUUUUAAAUCAGAAUUGGACAACAUGUUCAUAAUAGUAGAGGUGCAUUCAAGUAAUUAUUUGGUGGAAACUGCAUUUUAAGGUAUUUUUGAAUAAUUUAAUAGAUCCAUCUACAGUUAUGAAAUCUAAAAGGUAAUAAAGUUACUUAUUUUUGUGUAUUUUUGUGUUGAUGAUAUCAUAGUUUUUUUUUCUUCUUUUUUUUUUUUUUUUUGC